CGAAUGGACAGCAUGAAAAGAAGACUAUCCGCCAUUGGCGGCGGCGGCGAUGGCGGAGGAGUAAAAGCGGCGCGCACCAACUCCAUCUCGGCGCAAAACGCCGCCGCAGACCUGGCUCAAAUGGGCUACAAAAGCGAACUUCCACGCAGUCUAAGCAUGUUAUCCAUUCUCGGAAUGUCCUUUGCCAUCAUGGCCGUGCCCUUUGGUUUAUCCACCACCCUCUACAUCACUCUCACCGACGGCCAAUCCGUCACCAUCAUCUGGGGUUGGGUUUUGGUCUCCCUCAUCUCCCUCUCCAUUGCCGCUUCCCUGGCCGAAAUUUGCGCCGUGUAUCCAACUGCCGGUGGAGUGUAUUACUGGAGUGCAAUGAUGUCGACGAAAAAAUAUGCUCCAAUUGCCUCGUGGAUUACGGGAUGGUUGAAUUUGGUGGGGAAUUGGACGGUGACGCUGUCGAUAAAUUUUUCGGGCGCCCAGUUGAUUUUGAGUGCCAUUAGUUUGUACAAUGAAGAUUUUGUCGCGAGUGCCUGGCAGACGGUUUUGAUGUUUUGGGCGUGGACGUUGGUCUGUUUUGGAGUGAAUGCGUUUGGGGCAAAGUAUUUGGAUCUCAUUAACAAAGUCUGCAUCUACUGGACGGCCGCGAGCGUGCUCAUUAUCAUGAUUGUCUUGCUCUCCAUGUCCGACACCUACCGCUCCGGAGAAUUCGUCUUUACCCAUUACGAUGCCAGUGCGAGCGGAUGGCCGGAUGGAUGGGCAUUUUUCGUGGGCUUAUUGCAAGCAGCGUACACGCUGACGGGAUAUGGAUUGGUAGCAUCCAUGUGCGAGGAAGUGCAGAACCCAGCACGAGAAGUGCCCAAAGCAAUGGUCUUAUCCGUUGCAGCAGCCGGAGUCACAGGAGUCAUCUACCUCAUCCCGAUCCUCUUCGUCCUCCCCGACGUCGCCACCUUAUUAGACGUCGCCAGUGGCCAACCGAUCGGAACGCUCUUCAAAAUCGUCACAGGCUCCACCGGCGGAGGCUUCGGUCUCCUCUUCCUCAUCCUCGGCAUCCUCUUCUUCGCCGGCGUAGGUUCCCUCACCGCCGCAAGCCGAUGCACCUACGCUUUCGCUCGAGAUGGAGCUCUCCCCGGUAGCAAAUGGAUCGGAACCACCAAUUCCACCUUGAACAUUCCCCUCUGGGGUCUCGUCCUCUCCACCGUCGUCGACUGCCUCCUCGGGCUCAUCUACUUUGGCUCCACAGCCGCUUUCAACAGUUUUACGGGAGUAGCAACCAUCUGUCUCUCCUGCGGCUACGGUCUCCCCAUUCUCGUCUCUGUCCUGCGAGGUCGCAAAAUGGUCCAACAUUCCACGUUUUCUCUCGGGAAAUUCGGCUUUGCAAUCAAUAUUCUUUGCCUCGCGUGGAUUGUUCUUGCUAUUGUGCUUUUUUGUAUGCCUGUUAGUUUACCCGUCGAAGCCUCCUCCAUGAACUACGCCUCAGUAGUCUUCAUCUCCUUUGCAACGCUGAGUCUGAUCUGGUAUCUCAUCAACGGCCGAAAACAUUUCACGGGUCCUCCUGUUGUAAUCCAAGAUGCGGAAGAAGCUGCUACGCUCGAAGGGCAAAAACCUCAUGCUCUUGGUGAUGGGGGAGAUGGAGAAUUGGGUCUUGAUGGAGAGGCGGUGGGGGAGAAACAGGGGUGGAAAGUUCGGUAGAUUUUGUUUUUUGUAUAUGACUAUAAAGGUAUGUAUAUAAGUGGUGGAUGAGAUGAGAUGAAUAGAUGGAUAGGUGGUAGG